GACUCGAAUGACAGCGCGUAACUUCCCCAACCACGAAAAGCGAUAAAAGAAACCUGUAUCUAGUACAAUCUAUGCUACAUAUUUCAGUGGUUGGUCCACCUUGAGCUCAGUCACCGAUAGCGAUGUCUUACAUCAAUACCUACACCCCAACGAAACCCGUAAAGCCAGCAUACGGUCCUUACGGUCCAGACCCAUACGAUAUUAACAUCGCAUUCCCCCUCAUCGAGGAGACACUCGAGACUGAUCGCAUCAAGCUGACCCCCUUCAUCCCCGCCAAACACGCCGAAACAUUCUUCGCCGGUAUACCAGACCCAGAAUAUUUCUACCGCUAUCUGCCAUUCAACAUGGAGAAGCCGGAAGAUGCGUUAGUGUUCAUAGACAAUUCCAUUCGUCAGAACCCCUACUCUGUCCUCUUCGCGAUUAUCGACAAGACCAAGCCAGACGACGCGCAUCCCGACUUUGGCGGAACGUUGGCCGGUGGGGUAGCGUUCCUCAGCCAUUCACCGCAGAACCUUGUCGUGGAGAUAGGUGCGGUGAUGAUCCUGCCUGCUUUCCAGCGAACACAUGUUACGACUCAUGUGGUGGGCGCGAUGUUGCGACACAGUCUUGAGAAGCCUGAAACAUCGCGUCCAGGGCUGGGAUUGAGGCGAGUGAAUUGGUGCUGUCAUCCGGGCAAUGCUCCUUCGUUGAAAGCUGCAGCAAGGAUGGGGUUCACGUACGAAGGGUCGAUGAAGUGGACGUGGGUGCUUCCUGAAGGUAAAGAGGGGAAUCUUCCGGGUUCAGAUGAUAUCUCGCGAGGGCAUGGGAGAGAUACUACGAUUUUAUCGGUCACAUGGGAGACUUGGCAGAACGGAGUGAGAGAGUUGAUUGACAAGGCUCUUGCUAGAACAUUUUGAGCGGGAGGACAGGGAGAUAGCCAGAAGGAUGUUGGCAUGUAUCUUGCUCCACGUUCCAUGAAUAGUAGACAGCGAUGUCAUAAUUGCGCUAUCUUCUCUUUUAUUUCAGCCUGCUAUUUCUCUGACACAGU